AAAUUAGCUUCUCCUUCCCUCGUAUAAUUACCCACCAAUCUCUCUCGUUCGCCAUUGAUCAAUCAAUAAAGAUCAAACAAACCCUUUUAGAAGUCUUCGCUUUUUCUUUGGAUCUAUGCAAGUGAAGGGAAGAAAGAGAAGAUGCUAGCAGUUUUCGACAAAUCGGUUGCUAAGAGCCCAGAUGAGCUCAAUGUUGGGGAUCAGCCUCAGGCAGUUUCAGCUCUCAAAAAUGGAUUCUUAGCUAAUCAUUUUGCCUCUGUUCAUCCUGGUUCAGUCACAAUCAAUCUCGGAUCUUCUGGUUUCAUGGCUUACUCUCGUGAGAAACAGAACCCGCUUUUCCCCAGACUCUUUGCUGUACUGGACGAAAUCUUCUGUGUGUUUCAAGGCCAUAUCGAAAACAUCGCUGUUCUUAAGCAACAAUACGGCUUGAAUAAAACAGCGGAUGAAGGGAUUAUCGUCAUCGAAGCCUAUAGAACCCUCAGAGACAGAGGUCCUUACCCUGCGGAUCAGGUUGUAAGAGAUAUACAGGGGAAAUUCGCUUUCGUUCUCUAUGAUAGCUCUUUGAAAUCUACAUUUAUAGCUUCUGAUGCUGAUGGAAGUGUACCUUUCUUCUGGGGUACCGAUGCCGAUGGCCAUACAGUUUUCGCCGAUGAUGAGGAGAUCGUGAACAAGGGCUGCGGGAGGUCUUCUGCUCCAUUCCCGAAAGGGUGCUUCUUCACAUCCUCUGGAGGGUUACGUAGCUUCGAGUAUCCCCAGAACGAGUUGAAGGCAGUGCGGAGAGUGGACAGUUCAGGACAAGCCUGCGGUGCUACAUUCUGUGUGGAUAAAGAGACGAAGAAGAAAUCAACCGGAAUGAAGAAAGUCGACAGCGCUGCAAACUGGUCGGCGAACUACUGAGCUUAGAAUAGGCUCUCGUCUUCCGACCGGCUUCGGUUUUAUCGGACGUUCGUACUCUCCAUUCACUCCCAUAAUUUCCUAUCUCAAUGACUUUACCAAAGCAGCAUUCCAUGUAUUUGUACAUGUUUGCUUACCAUAAGAAACUGAGCUUGACGUGUGAACUAUUUAUGCAUUACAUGGACUAAUAUCUGUUGUCAUAAAAGGCUGUGUUAUGU